AUGUCAGAAAAACACGCUACCCCCGAAGAAGCCGCGCGGGCCUCCUACCUCCUCUCCGCCGAAAAAAAAGCCGUAACCCUAUUCGAAGAGAUCGAAAAACAACUCCUCCGCCCGGGCAUCAGCGAAAAACAACUAAACAAAGAGAUCUACGACCUCGGUGAAACCCUCGGCGUGCGAUCCCACUGGCACAAACGGGUAAUCCGCAGCGGUCCAAACACCCUCACCCCCUUCUCCGAAGAUCCACCAGACCGAAUCAUCGAGUCAGACGACAUUCUGAUCGUGGACCUGGGCCCGGUAUUUGAGGCCUGGGAGGCGGAUUUCGGCCGCACGUAUGUGCUCGGGAAUGAUCCGAACAAGAUCCGCCUGCGGGACGCGCUGGAACCGAUUUGGUAUACGGUGAAGGGGAAGUAUUGGGAGAGGUCGGAUAUGACGGGGGGCGAGUUGUAUGAGAUUGCGGUUAAGGAGGCAGAGAAGGAGGGGUUUGUAUUUGGGGCGGAGUUGGCGGGACAUAUCGUGGGGUCGUUUCCUCAUGAGAGGAUUCCGAGGGAUAAGCUGAAGUUGUAUAUUAAGGAGGGGAAUGAGGAGAGGAUUAGUGCGGUGGGGAAGGACGGAAAUAAGAGGCAUUGGAUCUUGGAGAUUCAUCUUCAUGAUCCGGUUCAUAAGUUUGGGGGGUUUUAUGAACAGCUUUUGACUGUCUAG